GGUGGCACCCAACGAACCCUUCAGUAAUCUGCCCAGGCUCGAGGCCAAAACUGGAUAUUAACUGUCCCGGUCCGGCGGUGUCCGGAGCCGGGUGGCCGAACUGUGUCCAGGAGAAGGAGCGGAUGUAGGCAAAGCCUACCACCCGCAAUGUGUCGACUGGGGGUUCUGCUGCUGCUGCUCCCCUCAGCCUUCGUGUCCUCUUUUGCUGUCCCGAUCCAUGAUGCCGUCGCUCAGGAGAACUCCUCCGGGUUUCUGGGCCUUCAAAGUCUUCUCCAAAGCUUCAGUCGACUGUUUCUAAAAGAUGACCUGCUACGAGACCUGGACAACUUCUUCUCCUCCCCCAUGGACUUCCGGGACCUUCCCAAGAACUUCCAUCAGGAAGAGAAUCAAGAGCACAGAAUGGGGAACCAUACCCUCUCCAGCCAUCUGCAGAUAGACAAGAUGACUGACAACAGGACAGGGGAGGUGGUUGUCUCUGAGAAGGUGGUGGCCUCCAUUGAGCCAGAGGGGAGCACAGAAGGCGACUGGAAGGUGCCCAAAGUGGAGGAAGGAGAUACCCUGGUGCCUGUGCAGAAGGCCAUAGAUAAUUUUCACCCAGAGCCCCGGCGGGUGGCUUUCUGGAUCAUGAAGAUGCCAAGGCGGAGGACCCAGCCAGAUGUCCAGGAUGGGAGCCGCUGGCUCAUAGAAAAGCGACAUCGCUUGCAGGCCAUCCGGGAUGGGCUUCGUGGAGGUGCGCAUGAGGACAACCUCGAGGAAGAGGUCCGUAUCCCCCAACACGCCAAGCUGCCUGUACGAAAGACACACUUUCUCUACAUCCUCAGGCCGUCCCAGCAACUGUAGAGUGGGGACCAAUGUCCCUGCAUAGUCCUUACCCCGCCCCAGCACCGUAUGGAAAUAAAGUGUUUUCUUCAAUCUAA